AUGACGAGACAACAGAAAUUCAAGGACUUACAUACAAUUGAAGCACUAUUCUUUCAUUCAACAGUUCAGGUUCAGACUAAUUCAAGGCAUCCAGUUGAAAACAGUGCUAGAAAAUUUUCAGAGAUAAAAUCUUUCUUAGAUUCUCAUGGAAUGCAAAUUCGAGUUAAAGUCAACACCCGCCUCCAUCCGGAAGUCAACCGCAUGCUCUACGUCCGCAACCUCCCCUUCAACAUCUCGAGAAAUGAGAUGUACGACAUCUUCGGCAAGUACGGCGCAAUACGGCAGAUUCGCAUUGAGACGAACAAGGACACCAAAGGCACCGCAUUUGUCGUUUACGAGGACAUCUACGACACCAAAACGGCGGUGGAUCACCUCUCCGGCUUCAACGUCGCGAACCGGUACCUCACCGUGCUCUACUACCAGCAGGCGAAGAUGGGCAAGAAGUCAGACACGAAGAAGAAAGAGGAAGAGAUCGCCAAGAUGCAGGAGAAGUACGGCGUCUCCACCAAAGAUAAGUGAUUUCUCCGGCCGCUCUUCUGGUUAAUUUUGUGCUGUUUGGAUGCUGAGAUUAUCUGAUUAUACUAUUCCGGAUUAUUUUUAUUCUGGAUUGUGUAAUAUGCUAUUUGGGAUUCUAGAUUUAAAGGUGUUAGUUCCUUUGUUAUCCUCCGCGCCGUGGCUCGGUUCCUAGAAAACAAUGGGUUCUCCGAAACCUUGAAAAAGUUCCUUUCUGAAGCUGGAAUCGAGAAAGGUGAACUGAAGGAUUUACCACUGGAUUUGAAAGAAAUGUACUGCAAGUAUUUUGAGAUGUGGUGUUAGUACAAUUAUGGGCCCUCAAAAAGGUGCAAAUUGGAGCGUCUGACAAAGUAGUAACGGCAAAAGAUAGUGUGCACAUGCAUGACAACAAAGCAGAGACAGAUACAUUGAAAGGUGCAUUGGAAAAGAAAAAUAAAAGUA